AACAUUUCACACAUUGAAGCUCGUUCUUAUCACAAGAAAAAGUAGGAAUAAUAAAUAUUUAUGGGAAAAGCAUAUAAUGGCACGUCUUUCUUGAUACUGAGCCUGAGAGAAAAAUGAAUUGGACUUUUGAACUGAUAAAUAUUUGACAACAUGCAAGAUAUGUGUCACCAGAAGCCAAUCAUUUAUAACGAUGGAAAUUUUAAGCUGGACGGACAGUUACAUAUAUAAAAUUAUUCCUAAUCAAGGAAGAGUAUGUAUUUAUGUUGGUCAGUUUUGCUCAUCACCAUCGAUACAUUAAAGUUUACAAAUCAUUUUAAUCUGAACACUAAUAAAUUCAACAAAACUCACCACACCCAUCCCUCUGAACGCACUCUCUCCAUCCACCCAUCUAUACCCCUAGUAAAAUGAAAAAAAAAAAAACUUGAUGAUGACAAUUUGACAGUUUUUGAUGUACACUAUUUUGUAAUUUGAGAAAUUUUGGAAAAGUCGGCUGCUGAUUAGCAAUUUUCAACACACAAAAAGAUCAAUUUCUCAACAUAAAAAACAUUAAAUAAAAUGAUUCGUUUUAUUUUAAUCCAAAAUCGAGCUGGAAAAACCCGCCUUGCAAAAUGGUACAUGAAUUUCGAUGAUGACGAAAAACAAAAAUUAAUUGAAGAAGUCCAUGCAGUGGUCACAGUUCGAGAUGCAAAACAUACCAAUUUCGUUGAGUUCCGCAAUUUCAAAAUCGUUUACCGGAGGUACGCAGGUCUCUACUUCUGUAUAUGCGUUGAUGUCAACGACAACAAUCUCUGCUACCUAGAAGCAAUACACAAUUUUGUGGAAGUAUUGAACGAAUACUUCCACAAUGUAUGCGAGUUGGAUUUAGUUUUUAAUUUCUACAAAGUCUACACCGUGGUAGAUGAGAUGUUCUUGGCCGGCGAAAUAAGAGAGACAUCGCAAACGAAAGUUCUCAAGCAAUUACUCACACUGAAUUCCCUAGAAUAAAUAAUCACAAAAACAAUAUAAUACAUAAAAACAAAAAUAUAAAAAUAAAAAACAAAAAACUAUUCCCCUUUCCUAAUGAAAUUGUUAUAAAAGAAAAAAAUCCUUAAAGUUUGGAGAUAUUAUAGUUUUUAGCCUAAAAUUUAUUCAUUCUUCAUUGGCUUAGUUUGAUCCAAAUGUUAAAUCUUAUUUUUAUUAUUAUUCAAAAAAAAGCUGAACGUUAUUUGCGGACAAUUUAAAGAAAAAACAAAUAAUUUUAAAAUUUAGCGCAAAAGAAAGUUGAUUGUCAGUCAUUUAUAAUUAUUAUAAAAAUUUAUACUUUAAACAAGAACGAAACAAAAACAAAAAAAAAAACAACAAAUAA